ACAAUGAUUCCCAACAGAGGGCUACGGCCCCAUCAGUUUUCGGCUGCGGCUUUGAGACAUCCUUCGGUCAUGCGAUCCGGAGCUUCGAGACAGAUUUCUUCGCUUCCGCGUAGCAAGUCCCUCUCUACAUUGCCAGGUCGCACGAGCCCGCUCCGAGCUACCAACUGGCGCGCCGGUACUCCGCUUCGAUCAAAUCUUCGCCUCUCUACAUCGUCGGUCCGCUAUGGAUCAUGGUAUGCGCCGUGGACUUGGGGUGGCUCUAGCCAACCAGACAAUACAUUCGCAGAAGCGCAUAGCCCCGUUGCAACCACGCCGUCGUCGCCAACUCCUGCCGACUUCGUUGCAAAAUCUCCCGAGCCAGUCGUGACCUCAUCCACCCCAGAGCUUGCUCCCGCGGGCAUCGACAAAGCAGCCGUUGUCGAGCCGGAAUCUGCCCCGAAGAUAAUCGAGGAUGUGCUCGCUCCCGAUUCCACCCCUGGAGACGUGCCGUUCGUUGAUCCCACUCAGAUCAUAUCGUACUGGGGGAACAUGAAAGACCUGGGUCUCGAUUACGGCUGGGGAUCGUCAGCUUUCUUCCAAAACCUUGUUGAGCUUUCAUAUCUGAAUACAGAUCUAGGCUGGACAGGUUCAAUUGCCGUCUCGGCCCUCAUACUGCGAAUGAUUCUCUUCUGGGGCUUCCAACGCGGAGGCUCAGACUCUAUGGCUAAGAUGGCUGCCAUGAAGCCUAUGUUACAACCUCUGCUGGAAGAAACGGAAGAGGCUAAAAGGUUGGGUGACGAUGAGAGAGUACACGCUCUCAAACUAAAGCAGCAAACCAUCCUGAAGGAUGUGGGCACUGAAGUUUACAAGAAUGUGGCUCCUGCUGUGGCUCAAAUGGUAUUCGGUUUUGGAGCCUUCAGGUGUCUAAAUGGCAUGGCUCACUUGCCUGUCCCCGGGAUGUCUUCGGAGUCGCUGCUCUGGAUCAAUGACCUUACCAUAUCAGAUCCUUAUUACAUAUUACCAGUUGUGACUGGUGGUAUCAUGUACACCGUCAUCAAGGCAGGGGGCGAGACCGGAGUGAACAACAGCGCCACAGUUUCGAGCAUGCAAAAGAACAUCCAGGUUGUCAUGCCCGUCGUCAUGACCUGUAUCACCGCCUUCCAACCCGCUGCCCUCCAAUUUUACUUCCUUGUCUCUUCCACGCUGGGUGGAGUGACUGGUUGGGCGCUGAAGCAGCCUUCCUUCCGCCGCGUUCUACGUAUUCGCCAGCUCCCGUCCCCCGAGAGUAACAAAAUAUACAGCCGAGUAGCAAAAGGCGAGAUCAGUCUGGAAGGCCUCAGGGGACCCGACGGCAAAAUCAGAUACCGCGCACCCAACUCCACCUCUUCUUCCACCUCUUCUUCCUCCUCUCGCACAAACUCUCGCACAAACUCUCGCGCCUCCAAGAGGCGUUUCACCACCUCGCAAAAUUCCUCCUCUGCAAACUCUCCGCUCGCUGUCCAAGCCACCCUCAAGCCUGGUGUCGUACUCCCUCCCCACAUGGCCCGGCCCACUAGGUUGAGCCCGCAGAAUAAAGAACUUAUGGAUCGCGACAUUGAUUACGAGGACGGGAUGCCCGAGGGGCUUGGGGAGAAAUGGGACUAUGUCAAGCGCAACUACAAACCGAGCUUCAUUGCUAAGCGCACGUGGAGGGCAAUGAGUGGAGAUAGCAGGGACAUUGCAGUGAUUGCGGAACAUAAGAGGAAGGAGAAAGCCAAGGCCGCUGCUGAGCGGUAUGAGGUUGAAAGGAAGAGAAGGUUUGAAGGCAGGUAG